UGUCUGUGGUUCAGGUUUCGACCGUGCGUAGCGUUGUUGAUUGUUGAUCGCUGUGGCCUGAGAUCACAGAACGUGGUUUGUGGUUUACUAGUUUGACAAUUUUGACAGUUAAUUUACAUUCGAAGUCAAGUCAGCAGCAGACAGGAAGAACGAAAAAGUGACAUGAAUCAGAAAGGGAACGAUAAGGAGGGGAUUAACAUCGGCAAAUGAUAUCAUUUUACUGAGAUAAAGAAAGGAAUUUUGCACAGCUGAAGGUUUGGCAUUGUAUGAAAGAUACUCUUUUCAAAAGAAUAAGGAUCAUAUAGUUAUAAUAAAUUAAGCAUAUUAUUCUCAAAGUGUUCAAGACUAUCAGAAAGACUUAUUGAUGUUUGCAAGAAUGACGACCAAUAUAGGCCGAGGAACUUGAGCUGUGACUGUUGUAUGAAUACAUUUUAUUAGCAAAUCAUAAGUUUUUUUUACAGUGGUAUCAUCUUCAUCUCCUGACAAAAUGUCUCCUAAUACUACUGAAGAAUUCCCUUAUUCUGAAGAAAAAUUAGUGAAAGCUGAAAUGAAAAUGUUAUCAACCUUGAAAACUCCUCAUAAAACAUUUUAUGUGCCAAUAAAACUGCCCAGUGGUUCAAAUGAAAAAGUUUGGACAAUAUCUUUCAAUACCGAAUCUAAAAAUACUCCAAUAGUUCUAAUUCAUGGAUUUGCAGCAGGAAGCUGCUUUUGGUUGCUCAAUUUUGAUGCUUUAGCUAAGAAUAGACCUGUUUAUGCUUUGGAUAUAAUUGGAUUUGGAAGGUCUUCCAGGCCAGAAUUUGAAGAAAAUGGUAUUGGAGCUGAAAAACAAAUUGUUGAUUCCAUUGAGGAAUGGAGAAAAGAGAUGAACUUGGAAAAGUUUGUUCUUGUUGGACACAGUAUGGGUGGAUAUAUUUGUACAGCAUAUACCUUAGAUUACCCUGAUAGGGUAGAACAUUUAGUUUUGUGUGAUCCCUGGGGUUUCAGUGAUAGGAAAGCAUACCCCAACAUACAAAUAAAGGCUCUCUGUUAUUUAUAUUCAAAGAUAAGCCCCCUAGAAUUCCUCAGAAUGUUAGGAAAAUUAGGUCCCUGGUGGAUAAGGCAAACUUGUGAUGAUAUAGUUGACAAUUACAGCAGUGUUUUAGAAGAUAGGACUAUUAUGUCAAACUACAUAUAUCAUUGCAAUGCACAAAAUCCAACAGGUGAACGAGCUUUCACUACCAUGGUUAAGAAAAUAGGCAGAGCAAGGAAUCCUAUGAUUCGAAGGGUCAACAAAUUAAGAGAAGAUUUACCUGUAACAAUCUUAUAUGGUAAAAAUACAUGGAUGGAUAAAGAAAUGGGAAAAAGAAUACAGGACAUGAGGCCGAAUACUAUUGAUGUCAGAUACAUCGAUAAUGCUGGACAUCACAUUUACUCUGAGAGAGCAGAACUAUUCAAUGAGAUUGUGAAUAACGUUUCUGACUCUGUUGACCAAAAGAAAAAUAAAGGAAAUGUUCCGAAUGGUAUUGCGAAUGGAAUGAAAUCAGUGAAUGAGAAUGUGGAUAAUCUAAGUGAAACGUUGAAUUGAAAUUUAUUUUAUUAAUACAUACUAAGCUAUGGUAGCUGUGAAUCACUUUUUGAAAAAAUUUAUUUUUAUUUUUUCGCUAAUAAAAUUAUGUUUUAAGUA